CCCUUCGCAAUCCUCAAUACAACAUGUUGGCUCUGAGGGCUCGCGCAGUCGCGAUUCCCCGUGCGCACAGCAGCAGUAGAAUCAUCAUCGCCGCGCGUAUCAGGUACUACUCCGUAGUUGCCAACGCGCCGCGCCCAAGGAAGACAAAGGUUUGGGACUCGGUGGACGAGGCACUCAAGGAUGUGAAGACUGGGGAUACAAUUCUCUCCGGAGGGUUUGGACUGUGUGGCAUUCCUGAGACCCUCAUCACUGCCCUCACAAAACGAGCCGACGUUCGGAAUCUCACUGCCGUGUCGAACAACGCGGGCGCAGGAGACCACGGCCUAGUUAAACUUAUCAAGACGAAACAGCUCGACAAGGUCAUGAUCUCCUACUUAGGAGGAAAUAAGUACCUCGAGUCAGCCUAUCUUAACGGUGACGUCGGCAUCGAGCUUGUUCCCCAGGGUACCCUCGUUGCCCGUCUGCACGCGCACGCUUCUGGCGAGCCUUGUAUCUUCACGCCUACGGGUGCCAACACAGCCGUCGAGACCGGCGGCAUACCCAUCCGGUACAACCCAGGAGGACUCAAGGCGGGGGUCAUGAUCCCCGGGAACCCGAAGGAGGCCCGCCUCUUCAACGGUCGGAGGUUCGUCUUGGAGCCUGCUAUCGCGGGCGAUGUUGCGUUCGUGCAUGCGUGGAAGGCCGACGAGGUUGGUAACCUGGUCUUCAGGUACACGGCAAACAACUACAAUGGCGUCAUGGCCCGCAACGCUAAAUUGACCAUCGUCGAGGCUGAGGAGAUUGUUCCGGUCGGCAGCCUCUCGCCGAACGCCAUUCACGUCCCCGGUGUAUACGUCGAUCGCAUAGUACAGGCAACCGAGCCAAAGACCAUCGAGGUGACCAAGUUGGCAGACAACCCGGCUGAGCAGGAAACGAACACAAAUCCAGCGGAGAGCUCAGAAAAGGCCGUCAAGGAUUGGCGCCACCGCAUCGCGAAGCGUGCUGCUCGGGAGAUCGGCGAUGGCUUCUACGUAAACCUCGGUGUUGGUGUCCCUACCCUCAUUCCGGAGCACCUGGACCCUAACGUCAAGGUGUGGCUUGAGAGCGAGAACGGCAUCUUGGGAAUGGGCCCUUACCCUACGCCCGACCAAGUUGAUGCGGAUAUUAUCAACGCUGGAAAGGAGACUACGACGUUGCUUCCAGGCGCCUCGUGUUUCGACUCCGCGGAGUCGUUCAACAUGAUUCGUGGUGGACACAUGGAUGUCACUUGCCUUGGUGCUAUGCAAGUGUCACAAGCGGGUGACAUUGCCAACUUCAUGAUCCCUGGAAAACUUGUCAAGGGCAUUGGUGGUGCAAUGGAUCUUGUCUCAAAUCCUGACAAGACGAAGGUCAUCGCGACGAUGCAGCACGUGUCCAAGGAUGGCACGCCUAAGAUUGUGAAGGAGUGCUCUCUGCCACUCACUGGUGCGCGCGCUGUGAGCUUGAUCGUGACCGACUUGGCAGUGUUCAAGGUAGAUCGCGCUGCGGGCGAGCUGUUAUUGACUGAUAUUGCGGAGGGCGUGACGCUCGACGAGCUUCGCGCAAAGACCGCUGCCGACUUCAAGGUCGCGGACCAGCUGGCGACAUUCUGAGAGGCUGUUUGCACAUACUGUCGUAGUUGUACAUGUUGUAUCAUUAUCUAGGAUCCCACGUACUCGGACGUUAAUAGAAGGCUUCGAACUUUCGAA